ACCCAAGUACCUGCCCUCUGCAUUAAAAAAUACAAUUUACAAGUUGAAGUAAAUUUCUGAAUUCAGAUUUUGAACCUCUCUCCCACUCCCACCUAGGCCCCUAGAGAUCGCUGGACUGUUUGUACAUGAAACAAGAGUUUAAGCUUCCUUUUUUUUACAUUUAUGAGACAAAAAGUGCAGUGUUCAGUUCGUAUGUUUAGCACAUGAUUUUCAUAAAGAAUCUAUAUAUUUUUGCCCAACAGAGAAUUGUUCUACAGGUCAAAUGUGUUUUCCUGAUGUUCCUAUGCAGUUACAGUAUGCUGAAUUUAGUGGUUUAACACUAAGAAGAAAACUUUAAAGAAUCAUAUGAUUAAUUGGACUGGGGAUAAUUAUAAUUAUUAGUACUUGGUUUUAAAAUUUGAGAAGUAGCAUUUACAUUGGUAUGAUCGACUUGCAUAGGCUUGCGCACUUGGGUUCUUCAUUUCCAUAGAAAGGAAAAUGAUUUGGGAAAAGGUAUACCCAGUCACCAAAGGAAUAUUGAUCCACAAGGUUAUCAUUGCUGUUGGAAGUCCAAACUUUUCAUGGUCAAGUCACCAGAAUCUAACUCUUCUCCAGCUAAGUAGACUGACCAAAUGUCCAUUAGAGAAUUUAUGUGAAUGCUAUCUUAUUGUGGAAGGGUGGAAGAACCAGAUAGUGAGAAUGGAAUGUACCUCCCUCUAUCACCUUUGGUCUCCGUGAUUUCUCCAGGAACAUGUGGACCUUUACUGAAUAGGGAAGCCUUGCACAGGAGGCAGGAAAGGGGGAUCACUGUGCAUGUCGUCCUGAAACUAGUUUGAUUGUAUCUUCUUGGGAUUGGAUCAGAGGGACAGGUCUCCUGGGGGAAAUGGCUGGCAAUGUGAUGUGGGCUGUAAUUCUGAUUCUAAACAAGUGGUGCUAUCUUCUCCCUCCAUGUGGUUGUGCAGAGUCUGUCUUGGCAGUAUCACCCCAUUGUACUGGUUCUUGGGGUCGUUCUGGACAUGGUCCCAGUGAAUGUGGGCUGAUGUAACUGUUUCAGGAAUGUCAUCUAGAGUGAAUAUCACAGCAGAAAGGGACAGCCCAUGGACUUAACAUAUUUCAUGGACUGUUUGGGAAAGGGGAUUGACUUUGAACUGCAAGGAGAGGCCCAGAGGAGUGAAAUUAAGAAAUGUUCUAAUUCUCCAGGACCUCCUGAAGUGUCUACUCCAGCAGUAAAUGCACCAUUUGACAUGAAUGGGCCAAGUGCUGAGAAAGCCGCCAUGAAGAAAGCAAUGGCUGCCAAUAGCUUCCAGGACAAACUCUGGAACUGGGAGAUGGCUUCAUCUCAGAAAAGUGAGGCACCACCCACCUUUCUUCCUUACAAUAAUAGAAGGCGGGCCUUCCAUCUGGAAGUACAGGAAAACAGGAGGCUUAGUGCAGAGAAGCCCAGGGGAAGUCUACAAGUGCCACAGGCCAAGACUCUUCCUUCUCGAAGGAAAGAGAAAUUACUCACCUCCUCCUCUGAAGGCCUCGCUCUUCUGCCUUCUCUUCAUGACAAGCAGACACUGGAGGAGCCCAGUCCUGAGAAGUGCACAGGAGAGAGCACCAACCAGCCUGUCUAUGACAGUGAGCUCACUAGCCAGGCCCCAGAAAAACAGCUGGAAGACCGGAAACACCAGCUUCCCAGAACCAGGCCACUGCCUUCUGUGGAAUCCCUGGGUCCCCCUCCUGCAAAGCCAACGAAGCCCCCUAGUGUGAAGCUGCGGAUCUUCCAGAGUCAGCCAGCUGCUGUCCCUUUGUCACCUGGAGAAUAUACUUUAUUUUCAGUAACUUUUUCCCUCUCCAUACUUUUCAGUGCUGAAUGUGAAGAACCACAUAAUUAUGAGGCAACAAUUUCAUAUCCGAGACACUCUGGCAACUCCAUUAACCUGUGCACUGCAAAAGAAAUUACUGAUUGUUUCCAUUUCAGCUAUGGAAGCCCUCAUCAUGAAGAUACAGAUAAAAGAAUGAAAGAAAAAGAGUCACAUGAAUUGGAACCUCAAAAAAUGGAAAAGGACCCACAUUUCAGCUACUUUUCCAAGGUAGGUGCCUGGGGCAAAAUGCACGUGACUCAAGUCCACAGAAGUAACAGGAACAAGCUGAACAGACAGCAGGAUGCUGUGGCAGAUAUCAUUAUCCCGAAGACCCUCCCUAAGGACUUCCAGCUGACCAUGCACCCCGAAGGCCACUGUGGGUAUGUGGAGGCCUUGGAGUUGAAGUGUGAAACUCCAGGUCAAGUGUUCUUUCGGACAAAAUCCCCGCUGGAGGAGAUGUAUGAUGAUGUAGAAUGCCCCAGCAGAAAGGGACAAAAGUCAGACUUGUCUAAUACAUCUGCUUCAGAUAGUGAAGAAAAUGGUAGAGAAAUGUAUGAAGAUGUCUACAAAACAAAAAGCAACUACCCAAAGAUAGAUUUAGAUGGAAAAGAAGCACUGAAAAGACUGCAAAGAUUCUUUAAGAAAGAAAAGGAUAAACUUAAAAUGAAAAGCAAGUCAAAAGGAAAAAUGAGCUCAUUUUCCGUUUCGAUGCCUGACUUAGGAAUCAGGACCCAGGAAGUUACUAUCUAUGAUGAUGUGGACAUAAAUGAGAAAGAGUCAAAAGAUGACGAUAAACAGAAAACAUGGAAACCCAAGUUUUUGAUGGCAAAGGAGAAAAAGGAGAACAAAGGUGCUGAAGUGACAGAAAGUUUAUCUCCUAGAAAUUUCUUCAAAAUCAAGAAGCAAAACUUUAAAAAGAACAAAAUGGAAAAAGAAGAAAAAAUUUUUAGGGAAAGAUUUGAGUAUAACAAAGAGAUUACAGUCAUCAACACGGCAGUGGCAUCUUCCAGUAAUUCAAGAAAUGGAAUAUUUGAUUUGCCAAUUACUCCUGGAGAAGAACUGGAAGUUAUUGAUAUCACUGAAGAAAAUCUAGUGAUAUGUCGUAAUUCUAAAGGCAGAUAUGGCUAUGUGCUCAUUGAACAUCUGGAUUUUAAGCAUCAAGGUUGGGCACCUUAGGAAGAUUCAAGAGUUAAUGGUACAGGCUGUACAAUGACAAUAAAUUCUGCUCACAUCAGUUUACAUGUGAAAAUAAGAUAAAAUCUGUGGAAACUUUUGUUAGGAACUUAGAGGAAAAGUUAAGGUUUCCACAUUUAGAUGCUGGUUUUACUCCUAAAUCAUUCUCUCUCAGUGUCUAUUUCAGUAUCUGUCUACUUCACUGCUGGCUCAAGAGAAUAUGAAACUUUGUGUUAGCAUCUGAGUACUUAUUUAAUGAGCCAUGGCUGGAGUUAGAACUCAUGCCUUAUGGCACCCCGUCAGUACUGCAGAUGGUUUAGUUUGUUUCUAAUAUUAGUACAUGAAUGUUUGUAAUUUCU